AUGCUUGCUGGGGAUAGACUAGCAAGAGGAGCCUGCGCAGGAAGAAGAAGAAGCCAUUCAGUGGCAGAGCAUAUUUUCCGUUGGAAUUCCAUCAUUGCCCAUGAGGCCCAGCAAAAUCCCCAAAAUGCCCUCUCCCUCUUCAAGCUGCAGCUGCCCUCCCUCUCCCCCAACAACUUCACCUUCCCUCACCUGCUCAAAGCCUGUGCCGCUCUGCGUUUGCUCCCCAUUGCCCAGCAAAUCCACUCCCACAUUGCCCGCCGAGGCCUCGUCUCCGACCCCUUCACCGCUGCCGCUCUUAUCCAUGCCUAUGGCAAAUGUAUGACCCCAGAAGGCGCCCGCAGAGUGUUCGACGAAAUGCCCCAGCGAGCCGUCGAUGCCAUUUCCUGGACUGCUCUCAUCUCAGCCCUGUCCACCAACGGCCUUGUAGCGCAAGCCUUCCAAGCCUUUGCUCAUAUGAAACGCACUACCGAGAUUGAUGUUGUAACCAUUGCUGCUGUCCUCUCGGCAUUUACGUCUGAUGAUUCGGAUUGUGUCCAUGAUUGCUUGCUCCACGGUGAAACAAUUCAUUCGAUUGUAGUCAAGCAUGGGUUCAUGUCAAACACCCGUCUGGCCAACACGCUCAUACACAUGUAUUCAAGAUGUGGGGCAGUUGACAAUGCAUCCAUAGUUUUUGAUGAGAUUCCCAUUGAACAAAGAGAUGUGGUGUCGUGGAACACGUUGAUUUCCGGCUUUUCACUGAAAAAAGGGAAUGCGGGCCGCGCUGUCUCCUUGUUUGACAACAUGGUUGCUGAAGCGGUACCUCCAAACAGAGUGACGCUGAUCGCCCUUUUCAAAUCCUGUGCAGACCUGGGCUGCAUUGAGACUUGUCAACGAAUUUACAACUAUGUAUCUUUGCAUUGUCCGUCGCUUCUGUCGUAUAAGGACGUGACUGUUUCAACAGCAUUGCUAGACAUGCAUGCCAAAUGUGGCGACUUGGAUCUGGCACUGCAAAUCUUCAACCAAAUUGAAGAGAAGAAUGUGGUGUGUUGGAGUGCUAUGAUCGCUGGCUAUGAGCAGGGUUCAUGGCCUGACAAAGCACUUAGAUUGUUCCGUCAAAUGCUAAUGAAAGUUAGGCCAAAUGCAGUUACUAUGGUGAGUGUCAUCGCUGCCUGCUCGAGGCUUGGAGUCUCCUGGCCCGGAAGGGUAGUUCACAAAUAUGUCAUAGCAACUGGGCUGGACUGCGAUGCUCGAGUUGUGUCUGCACUCAUAGACAUGUAUGCCAAAUGUGGUAAUAUACAGCUCGCCCGGCGGGUUUUUAAUAACAUUGACGGCAUCUGCCAAAGCACGGUCUCAUGGAGUGCAAUGAUCGGGGCAGAGGGCCUACAUGGAGAGGGAAGGCGGGCUCUUUGCCUCUUUAAAGAAAUGGAACGGCAGGGCUUCGCCCCCAAUGAAGUAACAUUUGUAUCCCUUUUGUCUGCAUGCAGCCAUGCUGGUUUGGUUGAAGAGGGGACAUCAUAUUUCAGAAGCAUGUUGAGAGAAUAUGGGGUCACUCCUACCGCCAAGCACUAUACCUGCAUGAUCGAUCUCCUUGGACGGGUAGGCUGCCUCAAUGAGGCACACGAUCUAAUCCAUAGCAUGCCCAUCGAGGCUGAUGCAGUCAUGUGGGGAUGUCUGUUAGGUGCAUGUCGUCUUCAUGCCAAUUGGGAGCUUGGAAAGAUUGUGGAGAAGCAGCUAUUGAAUCUGGAAGCAUGCAGUGUGGGCCACCAUGUUCUAUUGGCAAACAUGUACAGUGAGGCUGAGAGAUGGGAGGAUGUUGCUAGGAUAAGGGUAGGAUUGAAAAAGAAUGGGUUGUGGAAGAUUGCAGGGCGCAGCUUCGUCGAGAUUGGGAAUGUAGUAUAUGGCUUUACAGCAGAAGAUCGUUCAAAUCCUGAGUCGAAGUUGAUAUAUGAGACGUUGCAUGAUUUGGAUGAGCGGCUGAGGAUUGCUGGACUCGCAAAAGAAGAAUUGGACAGCCUAAUGAAGGGCCAAUAUCACAGUGAAAGAUUGGCCAUUGCCUUUGCAAUAAUGAAGAAUGCUUCUAUUAGUAAAACUACUGUGGAGGGAAAAGUAGAAGAGCCAAUUCAAAUUACUAAGAAUCUUCGCUUUUGUAGGGAAUGUCACACUUAUACAAAGUUGGUUUCGAAAAUUUGUAAGAGAGAGCUGGUCAUUAGGGAUUCCCACCGAUUUCAUCAUUUUAAAGAUGGGUUAUGUUCUUGUGGUGAUUAUUGGUGA